AGUAACAGAAAGUGGCCGCCUCUCCGCUGUUGCUGCCGACUCAAAGCUCACAGACUCGCUCGGCGCCUCAAACCGCCAUUUUGGAGUCAGAGAACCGAGAGUCGGCAGCAGCGACGAGAGAGACUGAGAGGGGGACACGGGGCCGAGGGUUUCCAUCUUUGUGUGAUCAUUAAUCUUGUAAUGAAGAACCAUGUCACCUCUUACUGAGAAGUGAAAGGUGCUGCCCUGUUGGGCAGAGGUGUCUGGGCUGCAUGGCGUCAGGGCAGGGCGGCCGGCCGGAGGUUGGGGCAUCGGGGACCUCUGGCCUGGCCAAGCCUCUCUACCUGCAGCGCUUGGAAAGAUCCCUGAAGUUGGACAGUUUUCUGCGCCAGACGGCCACUGUCUUCAACACUGACAUAACCAGCAGCGAUGAUAGCGAUGACAGUGAUGGUGCGCUGGGGACGGGGUUAUCUCUGGACUCCUCCGCUCAGCAUGCUGCCUUGACGGUGAAGAGUGAAUCAUGUGAGCAAGGGGAUAGUUUGACAGACAGCAAGCCCCUAAAUGGAAUACUCCUGCAGGGUAAAGAUCAAAAGACAGACAAAACAAGCCUGUACAAUUUUUCCAAGCUUAAGAAGAACAGGAAAUGGCUCAAGAGUAUCCUGUUGAGCGACGACACCACCGACUCGGAUACGGACUCCGAUGACGCUGACUUCAGUUUGUCUCGGGAGGAGCUGCACGACAUGCUGAGGCUGCACCGUUACACCAGGCAGCAUCAGAGCAAGUUCUACUCUGAUCGGGAGCUUCACCAAUAUCAGCACUACAGCACCGGACUUCUGUCCACUCAUGACCCCUUUUACGAGCAACAGCGUCAUCUACUGGGCCCAAAGAAAAAGAAAAUCAAAGAUGAGAAGAAAUUUAAAGCCAAACUGAAAAAAGUGAAGAAAAAGAAAAAACGGGGAGAGGGAGAGUUUUUGGACGAUGAGCGACCUUAUAUCACUAAGAUUUUUGCGAAGUUUUCCCAUGAUGCUCCGCUGCCCGUGGUAAAGAAGAAACAUCUGACGGCGGAGCAGCUGAACGCACGUCGACGGAAGGUCUGGCUCACCAUCGCCAAAAAAGAGAUCCCCAAGUCCUUCAAGCAGAAGACCUCUGCGAAGAACCUUGUGCUCACCAAUGCUAAAAAAUUGGCUCAUCAGUGCAUGCGAGAAGUCCGGCGUGCGGCCAUCCAGGCUCAGAAGAACUGCAAGGAGACGCUACCCCGUGCACGGCGCCUUACCAAAGAGAUGAUGCUCUACUGGAAGAAAUACGACAAGGUGGAAAAGGAGCACAGGAAGAGGGCCGAGAAGGAAGCUCUGGAACAACGGAAGCUGGACGAGGAGAUGAGAGAGGCCAAGCGCCAGCAGCGUAAGCUGAAUUUCCUCAUCACUCAGACGGAGCUCUAUGCUCACUUCAUGAGUGGGAAAGCCAGCGUCGGGGGUCCGGGGGGAGAUUCGGCUCAGGAGGAAAUCCUGAGAAAGCUUGAAGACACUGCAGCCCAGCGACAGAUCGACAUCGGAGGGGGAGUGAUGGUCAACAUGGGGCAGGAGGACUACGAUAGUGAAUAUUACAAAUCCAAGGCCUUGAGGAAUGCCACAGAGGCCUACCAGAUUCACCAAGAGAGGACCCGAAUGUUUGACGAGGAGGCCAAAGACAGCCGCAGUGCUUCUCUACACGCAGCUGCCGGCCUGCUGUCGGGUGGAGGUAGCGCUUCCGGUUUCGGAGAAAGCUACAGCCUCUCGAAUCCUUCCAUCCACGCAGGCGAAGAAAUUCCUCAGCCGACUAUCUUCAAUGGGAAACUCAAAGGUUACCAGCUCAAAGGCAUGAACUGGCUGGCCAACCUCUACGAGCAGGGCAUCAACGGAAUCCUGGCAGACGAAAUGGGACUGGGGAAGACCGUUCAGAGUAUUGCCCUGUUGGCUCACCUCGCAGAGAGAGAUAACAUCUGGGGUCCCUUCCUAAUCAUCUCUCCAGCAUCCACACUCAACAACUGGCACCAGGAGUUCACCCGCUUUGUGCCGAAAUUCAAGGUGCUGCCAUAUUGGGGAAAUCCACACGAUCGCAAAGUGAUCCGGAAAUUUUGGAGCCAGAAAACCUUGUACACGCAGAACGCGCCCUUCCAUGUGGUGAUCACCAGCUACCAGCUGGUGGUCCAAGACGUGAAGUACUUCCAGAGAGUCAAGUGGCAGUACAUGGUCCUGGACGAGGCCCAGGCUCUAAAAAGCAGCACCAGCGUUCGGUGGAAAAUCCUCCUCCAGUUCCAGUGCCGAAACAGACUGCUGCUGACCGGGACGCCAAUCCAGAACACAAUGGCCGAGCUGUGGGCCCUGCUGCACUUCAUCAUGCCGACAUUGUUCGAUUCCCACGAAGAGUUCAACGAGUGGUUCUCCAAGGACAUCGAGAGCCACGCCGAAAACAAGUCCGCCAUCGACGAGAAUCAGCUGUCCCGAUUACACAUGAUCCUCAAGCCCUUCAUGCUGCGCAGGAUCAAGAAGGAUGUGGAGAACGAGCUCUCAGACAAGAUCGAGAUCCUGACCUACUGCCAGCUGACGUCUCGGCAGAGGCUGCUCUACCAGGCUCUGAGAAACAAGAUUUCCAUCGAGGAUCUGCUGCAGUCGUCCAUGGGCACGGCCCAGCAGGCCCACAGCACCACCUCCUCCCUCAUGAACCUGGUCAUGCAGUUCAGGAAGGUGUGCAACCACCCCGACUUGUUUGAGCGUCAGGAGACGCGCUCUCCUUUCCACAUGUCCCUUAAGCCCUACAUCAUGUCCAAGUUCCUCUACCGCCAGGGCCUCAUCCACGCACACAACCAGGCCAAGAACAAAUUGCUUCAAGUGCUGCUGUCUCCCUUCUCCCCAAAUCACAUCCAGCAGUCUCUUUUUCACAGGAAAGGCGACGACAAAGGCAGCUGUUUCUCCUUCCUGCGCUUCAUCGACGUGUCGCCAGCUGAAAUGUCCAAUCAGAUGCUCCAAGGCACCCUGGUGAGAUGGUUAGCACUUUUUCUGUCCUUGAAAGCCGCGUACCGGCUCCACCAUCAGCGCCUGUUUGACCUUGAAGAAGAAGGUCAGGAAUCUGAGACGAGUCGAGGCGGAACGAAUGAGGAGGUCGGAGGAAAGCCGCAGCCCCGGACGAACCGCCUGUCUCGCAGGGAUUUGAUUCUGUGGAUAAACAGACCCGUCGCCUUCCCCAACGUUCACACCAGCCCUGUCCUGCAGGACUUGGUGUUCACGGCCUCCAGGCCCGGCAUGGUGGGACACACAGACGUGGUGAUCCACAGCAGAAGCUCUGCCGCCACCGUGGUUCGGCCCUGCCAGCCCACGCUGCCACCCAAGUUCCUGCUGGCGGCCACGCCCAGGGUGACGGCGCUCCCCAUGGAGCGUUAUUGCGACGACCGCAGCGCCGAGUACGAGUGGCGGGUGACGCGCAGCGGAGGGGGCGCCAUCUUCAGGAAGUGCUUCCUGUACGGUUCACCUGAACUGGCCUCGGACUGGGACACGCGAGCCACCGCCUUUCGCCCGCCGCGCCCCGGCGGCGUGAUGGCCCUCUACCCCCGCCACGGAUGGUCCUUCAUACGGAUACCAGAUAAGGAAAGCCUGAUCACCGAAAGCGGCAAACUCCACACCUUGGAUAUCCUGUUGAGUCGGCUGAAGGCCCAGGGACACCGAGUCCUCAUCUACUCCCAGAUGACGCGCAUGAUAGACUUGUUGGAGGAGUACAUGGUCUAUCGCAAACACACCUACAUGCGCCUGGACGGAUCCUCCAAGAUUUCUGAGCGCAGAGACAUGGUCGCUGACUUCCAGAGCCGGACGGAUAUCUUUGUGUUCCUGCUGAGCACGAGGGCCGGAGGGCUCGGCAUUAACCUGACCGCCGCCGACACCGUGAUCUUCUACGACAGUGACUGGAACCCCACCGUGGACCAGCAGGCCAUGGACAGGGCUCACAGGCUGGGUCAGACGAAGCAGGUCACCGUCUACCGCCUCAUCUGCCAGGGCACCAUCGAGGAGAGGAUUCUGCAGCGGGCCAAGGAGAAGAGCGAGAUUCAAAGGGUGGUGAUCUCGGGAGGCAACUUCAAACCGGACACUCUGAAGCCCAAAGAGGUGGUCAGCCUGCUGCUGGACGACGACGAGCUGGAGAAGAAGCUGCGUCAGCGACAGGAGGAGAAGAGGCAACAGGAGGAGAGCAGCAAAGUGAAGGAGCGCAAGAGGAAGAGGGAGAAGUACGCCGAGAAGAAGAAGAUCGAGGAGUCGGAGAACAAGAGGAAGAAGGAGGUGAACCUGGUCAUCUCGCACGCCCCCUCCGCCGACAACUCCAACCUGUCGGCGGACGGAGACGACUCGUUCAUCAGCGUGGAGAUGGACUCGGCCAUGCCCAGCCCCUUCAGCGAGAUCUCCCUGAGCAGCGAGCUGCAGCCCGGCUCGCUGCCACCGGACGCCGACGCCGACGAGAGCAGCAGCGACAUGCUGGUCAUCGUGGACGACCCCGUCUCCUCCGCGCCGCAGUCCCGCGCCACCAACUCGCCGGCGUCCGUGUCGGGGUCGGUCUCCGACAACAUGAACGGCGUCUCGGGUUCAGACACGACGAGCGCGGGCAGAGGCAGGUCCGGGCGGAGCCGGGGCCGGCCCAAAGGAUCGGGAGGCGGCGCCAAAUCCGGAGGGAAAGGCCGCGGCCGCAAGUCGACGGCGGGCAGCGCGGCGGCGAUGGCGGGGGCCAUGGCGGGUGCGGCCGCCGCCUCGGCGGCAGCGUACGCCGCCUACGGCUACAGCGUCUCGAAAGCCGGCCUGACGGCGUCCGCCCCCCUGCAGCCGUCUCUGGGCCGCUCCGGCUCCGCCCCCUCCUUCAACCCCAGCCGGAGCUCCUCCCCGCAGGCCAGAGGAGGCCCCUCCGCCGCCGGCCCCCACAAACAGCUGGCGCACGGCCACCACCACCACGGCGGCCACGCCGCGGCCAGGAAAGGCAAAGGCCCGGGUGGUCCCGGGGCGCGGUGAUGCUCUCCACACACACACACACACACACACACACACACAUACGAACAAGCCGCUGUGCACUGUGGUAGCCCCACGCCUACACCCACACACCGAGAGUUCAGUAUUCCUGGGAAGUGAGGACAGCCUCGACCAGCCCGCGUCGUUUCCCGCCUGCCACCGUUUUCGGCUUUUAGCGUUUCAAUUUUCCAAGUGCUUUUUUCCAGAAGCUGUAUCUCAAAAGAGACACGGAGCGGACGCGCGUAGCGAAAAGGGCUUUUUAAAUCCUUGUGUUCGCGAAAAGGUUUCUGUCCACUGCACUGAGCCAUGUCUUCCUUUACCGCCCCUUCCCCUCAUUUCGUUAUGGAUCCUUGCCGAUGUUCAAAAAGGUUCUUGAAAUGUUGGCGAUCGAUUCCAGAGCUGGUCAUGAACCCACAACGUUACCAAACAAUGUCUACGGUCUUUGUACUAAAGCUCCUAUUUUUGUAAUGACUAAUCCAACUUGACAGAUGUAAAUGUUUUUGGAAAGAUUCUGUCCAGAAAUCGAUCCCAGUCCAGAUGAAAGUCACUUAUAUAUUUUUUUUUUUUUUUUGCAUAACGGGGGAAACUAAUAGAAAAUUGAUCAUUCUUAAAAAGAGGGUGUUACUGGCUGAUACAGCAAUGCUGCUAAACAGGAAAAAAAUAUGAAUUGACUCGGAUGAUUUGGUCGUUUACUAUGUAAGUUAUUUGAUUUCUUUUU